GGGAUCUGUCAUUGAAUAAAAAUGAGACGAUACGCAGACAAAAUAAUUUUAUUUCUGUUAAGACCAAGACUGAGACCUCUGUGUUGAUCCUUGAUGUACAUUUUUGUCAUCACAUCAGUGAAUUGUAGAAAAUAAACAUGGUUUAAAGUUGUCAAGCGUACAAGGGUAGAAUGGACGAGCGUGUCGUCUUCAACCACACAGUCCUAUCGGAAGACGCCGACUCUGACAACUCCACCAUCUUGGAUGGUCAACAUGGCUUGCUGAGCUACAGUGCACGUGACGUUUUCAUCAUCGUCAACCACGUGAUCAUAAGCAGCGCCAUUGGUCUAUUCGGGAUCGUGGCCAACGUCAUCAAUAUGUGCGUAUUUCGCCUUCAGGGCUGGAAGAGCUCUACCAACAUCAGUUUUUUCGCACUCACGCUGUGCGAUCUGUUCAGUUUGAUCUUUCUGGAAUGGAUGAACGUCUGUCUGAACCCUUUCAUCGAAAACAUUGACUCGGUGAUCAUUUUCAAAGAAAUUCAAUUUCUGACUGCGGGGAUACUUCACGUCUGCACGGCGCGCAUCACCAGCUGCGUGACUGCGUACAUCACUGCGGAGCGAUGCCUCUCCAUCGUCUUCCCCUUAAAAAUAAAGCAGCUGGUGACGCCUCGGAGGGCAGCGACGAUCAUGGUCAUCAUCUACAGCGUCAACAUCGCCACGCUGAUCCCGGAGUACGCAGCGGCGUAUUUCGACUGGAAGUUUUACCCGCCCAAGAAUAAGACCAUGAUAGGGCUACAGUUUCGGAGCUACAAGACAUUGGCGGAGUCGCUGUUGUUCAUAUUUCACGCCGCUCUGGCCGUGUUCUCGUUCGUCGCCACCAUUGUAUUCACGGGCAUAUUGGUGUUGAAGUUAAAGCUGUCCGCACAGUUCAGAAAGUCCACGACGUUCGACUCGGAACAAAUCGAGAUGAAGACCGCAAGGGACAAGAGAACGAUGACCAUGGUCAUUCUCGUGGCUACCAACCUCAUCAUCUUCUACUUCCCAACUGUAGCCUUCUGCAUCGUCCUACCCGUAGUUCCGGAGUUUAGUAUCAUCGGAAGGGAAUCGAACCUUUUCGAAGCCGUCUGGAGCUUCGCCUUCCUCUGCCACUCUAUCAACUCCAGUAUCAACAUAUUUGUUUACCUCAAGAUGAGUUCAAAGUUCAAAAACAAUUUUUGGAAGCUCUUUUCGGUGAGCGCAAAUGACAAGCCUGCUGAGCUGGUGCGUAAGACAAACAAGGAAACGCAAAAACUGUGAAUAAAUUGAUUUUAAAACGAAUGAAA